AUGGUAAAUAAUCAGUGGAGCCUGGUUUGUUCCGUCUUCUUCGGAGAGGCGCCUGGUUGUGGCGUUGUCUGGCCUCUCCGGGGCCUUCACCAUUGUCUCGGCGGUCGAGUUUCGCCUCGUCUGCGCCCUCUUCGCACCGCCCACUCUCCCUACCGCUCUACAGUAGAUCGCCGCGGCGAGCGAUCGAUUCACGAGGGUAGUCGCCACAAGCAUUUUUGCGCCCACUGACAAAUGUUCCAGGGACCUGCCAAAGUUGCUUGGGCAUUGGAAAAUCUGGAAUUAUGGUCCAAACGAAGAGUCAUGAGUCUUUCGUUCUUCCAAACUGGCGUAUAGAAGUAGACGUAGUGGCAGAAAGUUGA